AUGGACGAAGCGCUGAAUAUCAGCCAUGAUAUUGUACGCAAUUCACUGAUUACCAACCAAUAUAUUGAGCAGGUUGUGCUCAUACAGGACCGCAAAGAAGCUUCGGAGCUAGCUCAUCGUUCCCCCCUUGCUCGACCAAACGUGAAAGCGAUAUACUGCUGGUCUGAUCAAGGCCACAGACUGGGACAUCAAUUCACCAUGAAUAACAGAACGGGCACUACCAGUAUGGGUGCGAUCCAAGAACACCGCGGAGCCAUUCGGAUGCAGGCAGACAAAGGGCAUCAGAUCCAGGAGGGGAAGGAAAGCCUUGCUAGGAUUCAACGAGAAAGGAACGAACUAGAAGCGGCCGUUCAAGCCGCACGUGAGCAGUUGAACGCUUGUCAAGGCAAGCUUCAGGAUCAUAAUACAAGCAAAAAGAGGCUUACCCAACAAAUGGACCGCGCUCAUGAGGAUGUGGACACGCUGGAGGGAGAAGUGGCCGCGGCAGUGCCAGAUACAGCACAGCUAGAGCAACUUGAGAAAGAGCUUGAAGAUUUCCAGGAGCAGUUGAAACUGGACGAAGAGCAAUACGAAGACCUGCUAGGGGAACAAGGCAGUGCAGGCAUGACUUCCAAGGAGUGCAAGGGAAAAGCAGAUGAAGCAAUGAAGGUUGUUAAGGACCUCGAAGCCAAGCUUGAGCGAUGCAGAGCCCAAGUACACGCACUCUCGCAGAAGCGCGAGCAGGCGUUGCGUCGCAAGAACCAGGCAAUAGAGCAAGUACAGGAAGCUGAAGAGAUCCGGUCCAGUUGGCAACAAAAGCUCGAUGAAUUGCAAGUCGAUUUAGAGACUCAUCUUGAAGAUGCAGGGAAGGUCUGCGAGCGGGUGGAAGUGCCUCGCGGUGCCACGUUCGAAAGCUUACAGCGGGAACUCGAAGAAGCAAAGAAGAGACGCGCCGGUUUAGAGAAAGAACUCGGAGGCUCCCAGGCAGAGCUUCAAGCUCAGGCACUUGCGGCCAAGAAGACAUGGGAGGAAGCGGCGGUAUUCGUAAGGAAUGGCGAGAAAGUGAGGAAUAGCCUCUCAAACGCUCUCAAGCAUCGGAGAGCUCACUGGCUCCACUUCCGCAACGAUAUAGCACUUCGCGCAGAGGUAACUUUCAAUUACCUUCUCUCCGAGCGAAGGUUCCGUGGGAAGCUCAAGGUAGAGCAUAAAAAGAAGGCGUUGGAGAUGACCAUCCAGCCGGAUAGCAACGUCGACGGCGAGGCUGCCAGGCAGACAAAAACCCUGUCCGGCGGCGAGAAGUCCUUCUCGACGAUUUGUCUCUUGCUCGCCUUGUGGGAUGCAAUGGGAUCGCCGCUUCGCUGUCUCGACGAGUUCGACGUCUUCAUGGACAGUGUUAAUCGUGACAUCAGCAUGGAAAUGAUCAUUGGCGCUGCGAGGAACGCGAGAGGUCGACAGUACAUCUUGAUCACGCCGCAAGCGAUGAAUAACAAGAACGUGAAGAGCAUGCAGGAUGUCACGGUGAUCAAGAUGUCGGACCCCGAGCGGGGCCAGACAGCGCUCAACUUUUCACGGUAG